GAAUUUGGGAUAAAAUUCAACUUAUAUUGUAGAAUUCUUUAGUGUGUUUAGUUUUCAAUCCUCUUACUCCCUGUUUUAUACCUCCAAACACACUCUCCUUCCUCUUACUGCCAGAGUGAUUUCAGAACAUUGUGUAACAAGUUCCCAGAAGCCCAUUGUGCAGUAACAAUUCUAUUCCAGCAGUGAGCUGCAGGUUCCGUUCUUGCCUACUUUCCUGAGUGGAAGGUUACCCUCAUCCCUCACUAAUGGCAGAGUAGGACAAGCAUUGCCCAGGCCUACAGGCUUGCUAAGCGCUAGGAACCCAAGCAAGAACUGAUCAUGCCAAUCAAACCUGUUGGGUGGAUAUGCGGGCAGGUGUUGAAGAACUUCUCUGGAAAAAUCGAGGGGCUCCAGAAAGUAAUCAUGGACCUUGUAGACGAGUUUAAAGAUGAAUUCCCUACCAUCCUACGAUUAUCACAGUCGAAACAGAAAACAGAACCCAUCCAAAAAAACUCCAAGGUCAGAAUGGCUACUGUUUUAGCCAAGAUCAAUCGAGGAACAUUCAUUCAAGGAUUACACAGCAUAUCCAGAUCCUCUAAAUCAGUGGCCAAGCUUCUGCAGCCUCAACUUGCUUGUAGGCUUUUAGAGUUAAGGGACAUAUCUGGUCGUUUGCUGAGGGAAGUUAAUGUACCAAAGCAACCCCUAUAUAACAUGCAGGUCAGAAGGGGUUCUUUGUUUGAAAUUAUUUCCUUUCCAGCAAAGACUGCUUUGACUAGCAUAAUAUAUGCUUCAUAUGCAGCACUAAUUUAUUUGGCAGUCUGUGUUAAUGCUGUGCUGGAGAAGGUAAAGAGAAUUUUCCAAGAAGAAGACUCCAUAAGGCAAAACAGAGAGGAGAGCGAAAACCUUAGAAAAGCAUUUUCUGAGCCUGUGCUUUCUGAGCCUAUGUUUCCUGAAGGUGAAAUCACAACAAAACCUUACAGGUCAUUGCCGGAGAAGCCAGACAACAUUUCAGAUCGCCCCAAGCUUCCUGCUCAUAAGUUGAGUAAUAAGAUUCAGGUUUUACAUUCUGUGUUUGACCAAUCAACUGAAAUGAAUGAAUGAGCAAAUCUGAGCGUAAAUAUCAUUGAACAGAGCUUAAGAGUUAUCUGAUGGCACAUUUCAUCUGACAAAGCUAUGAGUCUAGUUUACAUAUGCUGAAUGUUCUGCUUUUAAUAAAAGGGAGGGGACUACUACUAAAAUGUCAUUUGCUCUAGUGUUUAUAUGGUAGAAAAAAUAAAACGAAUCUUGAUGUAGAAUAUACAUAUGACUAUUAAGACAUUUUUAAUGAACGAGAAAAGUCACCUUUUGGUGGGUUAGACUUCACGCUGUGGUUUAUAAUAUGGGCCCUACUUAUAAUAAAUUUCUUUUUAUUAAA